AUGGACUGCAUCAUCCUGUUCCUCCAGGUCAAGGCUGCCAUCUUCGUCACGCGCUUCGUCGAGGUUGUCAGCCUCAUGAGACGUGGCCCUCAGCAAAAUGGCAUCGCUCCAGAUAACCCUAGGGUUCCUGGCGUUUCCGGCAAAUUUGAAGGCCUUUAA